GUGUUCGUACCACAGUGUUCUUACAACAGUGUUCGUACCACAGUGUUCUUACAACAGUGUUCUUACAACAGUGUUCGUACCACAGUGUUCUUACCACAGUGUUCUUACAACAGUGUUCUUACAACAGUGUUCGUACCACAGUGUUCUUACAACAGUGUUCGUACCACAGUGUUCUUACAACAGUGUUCUUACAACAGCGUUCUUACCACAGUGUUCUUACAACAGUGUUCUUACAACAGUGUUCUUACAACAGUGUUCUUACCACAGUGUUCUUACAACUGUUCUUACAACAGUGUUCUUACAAGUGUUCUUACAACAGUGUUCUUACAACAGUGUUCUUACAACUGAAGAUAUAUACGUCUGAUAAACUAUAACGUAUAAAGUUGAUACGUUUUUUCACUCAGUAUGGAGUAAAUUAUUGGAGUGAUCUUAAAAUCAGCCCUUAAAUAAGGGCACUCCACUUUAGUGGCGUCAGAGAGUUGUUGUAGUGAUCUGAACCCUACGUCAGGAUUGAUGUUACUAUGGCCGAGUGAGGCAUGGUAAGCAUGUCGACAGAGCGCGUGGGUGUGCGGAAGAAAGCAGAGAAUAAUAAUGGACAGGCAAAUACAGGAGCUGCGGGGCCAGUGGAGGAAACUCCGAACCACAUCGUCUACAGACGGAUGGAGAGGAUCGUGGAACAGAUGCAACAAGAAGACACAGGUGUUCCCGUCAAGACGGUCAAGAGCUUUAUCACUAAGAUUCCUAGCGUCUUCACAGGUGUUGAUCUCAUCGCCUGGAUGAUGAGGAACCUUGACGUAGAUGAUCAAGUGGAGGCGUUACAUCUGGCUCACUUGGUGUCGGCUCAUGGCUAUUUCUUUCCCAUUGACGACCACGUCCUCACCGUCAAGAACGACUCCACCUUCUACAGAUUCCAGACACCAUAUUUCUGGCCUUCGAACUGCUGGGAGCCUGAAAAUUCUGACUAUGCUGUGUACCUGUGCAAAAGAACCAUGCAGAACAAAGCCAGGCUUGAACUGGCGGAUUACGAGGCUGAAAACCUGGCCAGAUUACAGAAAAUGUUUAGUAGGAAGUGGGAAUUUAUAUUUAUGCAGGCGGAAGCACAGAGUAAAGUGGACAAAAAGCGGGACAAGCUGGAACGUAAAGUUCUUGACUCACAAGAACGUGCGUUUUGGGACGUUCACAGACCCAUGCCUGGCUGUGUGAAUACAACGGAAAUCGACAUCAAGAAAGCCUGCCGCAUGAAUAAACCCAUCAAAUCCAUUAAACAUCUGGCCCUGGGUGUGGCUGGAGGGAGAAUAUCACCCUCAGUAUCUGAAGCUGAUCUUACAAGUCCUGUUGAAUCACUGAAACAUGACAUAGACGUCCUGAAGACAAGAGUCGACCGCUGUAACUUCAAGGUCUCAAAAGCAGCCGAGUCAUUCAUCAGUUACUGGGAACAAUAUCAGGAAUACGACCCUUUUAUCACUCCAACAGAUCCUAUAAACCCGUGGGUGUCCGACACUCCUGAUUUCUGGGAGGCAGAGAAAGUGGCGAAAGAAAUUCCCAGUAAGAGAGUGAGGAGGUGGGCCUUCAGUGUCCAAGAACUCCUCAAAGAUCCUCUGGGGCGAGAACAGUUUGUCAAAUUCCUCGAGAAAGAGUUUAGCGGAGAAAACCUAAUGUUUCUAACAGCAGUUCAGGAGCUGAAGUGCCUACCACAGAAAGAUGUUCAUGAUAAGGUACAAGCUAUCUGGGAUGAGUACCUAGCUCCUAAUGCUCCUGUCCCGGUUAACAUCGACUCUAAAUCAAUGAAUAUUACCAAGAAAAACAUGCAAAAUAGCGAUCGCUGGACCUUUGACGCAGCAGCGGCCCAUUUGUAUCAUCUAAUGAAGUCUGACAGUUAUUCACGGUAUCUGCGCUCUGAAAUGUACAAAGAAUUUCUCAGUGGUAGCAGAAAGAAGACUUCAGUGAGGGGGAUCAGAUCUAUAGUACACUUCAGCAAAGGAAAGGAUGCACCCCAACCCUCCUAGUAGAAAGUGGAGCAGUAAUCUGCAUGCUACCUAACAACCCCCAACCUGACUGGGAAGUCAUUUAUGAUACCCAAACUGUCAACACUCAACAUAGGAAGCAACAGUUAGCUAUAUCUCAAGUCCACUUCAAGUCUUCGGUGAGAGUGAGUGGCCAUCCAGGUGGACAUUCAUCACAGUAUGACGUCCAUACCCAGUUUUGUGAUGGUGGACAUCCGUCACUACCACAAGUCCAUAUACAGCAAGUCUCUAGAGGAAGUGGAAAUCAAUCACUGCGUCCAGUCACUUCUCCAGUGACGACUCAAUCACUGUUUCAAGUCCAUAGCAAAUCUUCAGUGAGAUUGAGCGUUCAUCACUGCUGUAUAUGUAGCUUUCUUUGAGAAUUGACUUCUACCGCUAUCACGAUUCCUUACCAAGUCUUCAGUGGAAAUGGUUAAUUUGUCAGCUACACAAUCUUAGAAUAGUCGGAUGAUCAUAGGACAGUUUGUGGUGAUUCUUAUUUUUUAAAUAAGGUUGAAAUCCUACUUCCAGUACACGUUUGCUUCACCACAGAUUAGGUCCUCAUGUAAUGAAGACUCCUGUCAGGAGACAUUUUCUGGUUUCCUGACAAACAAAACACCACCACCACAUUUUUGCCAUGGUGGCCCAUAAAACUGGUGUCACACUAUUGUUGAAUACUUAUGAGCAGUCUCCAUUAAGAGAAUUUUCAUCAUGUUAUUUGUAAGUUGCUGUCAAAUCAUAUGUGAAAAUGAGUUGUCAUCACUUUGAAAAAAAGUUCACACUGUGUUUUUUGAGUGAGUAGUUAUCACUGUUAUGAAUUUGCAUUUGUAUAGUGUGGGUGACUGUCAGUGAGUGAAGCCUUCAUCAUAGCUACUGUGAAUCAGUUGAUACCUGGAGUUUACCUGGAGAGAGUUCCGGGGGUCAACGCCCCCCACGGCCCGGUCUGUGACCAGGCCGCCUGGUGGAUCAGAGCCUGAUCAACCAGGCUGUUACUGCUGGCUGCACGCAAACCAACGUAUUGUUGAUAAAUUUUGAGACAAGGGCAGUAAUUGCAGGUCAAGAUUCAGGUUCUAGUGAAGCAUAUUUUGCUUUAUCAAAUCGUUCAGCAAAAUACUGUCGCGACAAUAUCUUGUUUUGCACGUUAUGUCUGUCUCCACGUGUAAUUCGUAAUAAGAAUUAUAUAUUCACAUUCAGUCUGCUUAAAAAAAUAAUACCUUGUGUUUCACUAUCAAGGCAUAAGACCUGGAAAAUGUGACCUGCUUAAGCUGCCUUCAUUGGACUUGAAAGGUCAGGUAAGCUUUGUCAGGAAACAACCAUGUACUUGAAAGCUUAAAACCAUUCAUAAAUCACCCCACUGAAAAUUCGGUCAUUACCCUGCCCUUAGAGAACAAAAAUGUAACUACAAAUUUUUAGAUAAUUUAAGUAGCUACUGUUAGUUUGCAUUAUGUAAAUUUUAGCAAGGUUAGGUUAGAUUGCUGUGAUAGUUCUGGUGAAAGAUAAGUAAUUGGCUUAUUAAAAAUUUGAGUAAUAGUUUAAAAAAUACUAGUGAAUUCAAUAUUUCUGGGAUUGUUGAUUAAAUAUUUAUAUGGAGGCCGAAAAAAAAUUUAGUAGUUCAUAUAUGCUAACAAUUAAACAAACAGCCUAGAAAUUAAUAAUUCACCUUUCUAAAUAUAAUAAAAUAAACGUAUUCAAAUAUUUGUAACGUGUCAAAAAAAAUUACUUCAUAAAAUUGUAGUAAUUUUAGUUAUAUUGUUGAAAUCAAACAUGAUUGUUUAAGAGCGUUGGGAUAACUAUAAUAAUAUUAUCAACAUCAAGGGUGUGAAUUUAUAUGUAAAACUGAAUGUGAUAUGAUAAAAAAAUAUAUAUAUUUUUUAUUGUUUACAAAUUUUCAAAGCCACCAGAAAACAUUUAUGGCCACACUUGGAUAAUUUAUAUUGACAAAUAUUAAAAUAACUUAUUUUCCAAACGACGUAUAUAUAAAACGUGACUUUUUUGCAGUUGGUGAUUAUAAAAUAUAUAAUUUGUGGAUGUGAACUAUAGGCUCCUGGACAUUUGGCCGAUGGACAUUUCACCAAAGGACAUUUGACUGAACGGACAUAUAGCCGAACUGACAUUCAUCUUAACCUAACCAAACCUAAUUAUCCAUUCGGUCUAUUGCUCGUUCGGCCAAAUAACUGUCGGUGCAAUGUCUAUUGGACCAAUUGUCCUUCGGCCAAAUGUCUGUCGACCAAGUGUCCAUUGGUCAUCUGUCCAGCCACAGAACUAUGGCUGAGUGCACAAUCAAACCCUCAAAAAAAAAAAGUCCAUAGAAAUAAUAGGUGCUACUGCAUUGCAUUUACUUAUAUGCAUAUCACUUUUUUGACCACAACUGAUAAUAUGUGGAUUACCAAGUAAGCGGAUUAAAUCUGAAUAAUGUGGAUAUGAGUGAAGGUUGAACAGAUAGUGAAUAAUGAUGACAGAAACUACCAUUUCACUCUUCUAGGUUAAAAUAUUGGGAAAUAAGAAAAAAAAUAUUCAUAAUUCUGUUGACUAGUGUUAUAAAUGGGAGAACAAUUUACAUAAUCAAGCAAAUGCGAGACUUAUUAUGUGUGCAGUAAAUAUAUUGAAAAUUAAGUUUAUUACAUACAUGAUAUUGACUUUCUUAUAAAUAAGUUGAUCUCUGGUUGUUGAUUCAAUAUCAAACAACCUUAUUAUUGUAAUCGGAAACUCAGGCUAUCUCUGUCUAGUUUAAUUGAUAUAGAAAGUGGUUGGUCUCAUAUAGAGACCAUUCUAAGUGGAUGGUCUUCUAUACAGAUUAUUCUAAGUGGAUGGUCUCAUAUAGAGACCAUUCUAAGUGGAUGAUCUCUCAUAGAGACCAUUCUAAGUGGAUGAUCUCUCAUAGAGACCAUUCUAAGUGGAUGAUCUCUCAUAGAGACCAUGCUAAGCGGAUGGUCUCUCAUAGAGACCAUUCUAAAUGAAUGAUCUGUUAAAGAGCCCAUUCUAAGUGAAUGGUCAUAGAGACCAUUAUAAGUGGGUGGUCUCUAUAGAGACCAUUCUAAGUGGAUGGUCUUUCACAGAGACCAGUCUAAGUGGAUGGUCUCUUAUAGAGACCAUUCCAAGUGGAUGGUCUUUCAGAGACCAAUCUAAGUGGAUGAUCUCUCUUAGAAACCAUUCCAAGUGGAUGAUCUUUCAUAGAGACCAAUUUAAGAGGAUGGUCUCUUAUAGAGACCAUUCUAAGUCUCUUUGCCAGUCACAAUAAUUUUUUUUUAUUUUCUUUGAGCGGACCAAUUUUAUUAUAGUUAUAAUAUGUCAGCUGCAAGGAAGACUAUAGCAGGAUUUCAGAGUCAUGAAAACGCAAUGUGUGUCUGGCUUUUUUAACCCGUAAACGGUCCAAACGUAUAUACAGUGGACCCCCGCAUAACGAUUACCUCCGAAUGCGACCAAUUAUGUAAGUGUAUUUAUGUAAGUGUGUUUGUAUGUGUAUGUUUGGGGGUCUGAAAUGGACUAAUCUACUUCACAAUAUUCCUUAUGGGAAUAAAUUCGGUCAGUACUGGCACUUGAACAUACUUAUGGAGUGAAAAAAUAUCGUUAACCGGAGGUCCACUGUAUACGUUUUUUCAACAUUUGAAAGUAUGUAUAAAAAAGUAGAUCUUCUUUUUGUUUUUCUACAUUUGAAAAUGUGUAAAAAAACUUUGAUCUACUUUUGUAGCGCUACACAUGUGAACGUAGAUCUGCUUGGACCGUUUACGGGUUAAUUAUGUGAUUUAUGUUCCAGGGACCUCUAGUGUUUAUUUUCCCGGGUUAUUUGAUAAUCCUGGCUGCUCAGUACUCUUAUAUAUAUUCUUUCUUGCAGCUCUGGUGGUGUUCAGUGAUUUGCAAAUAUUUCUGAACUCAGUAGAAAAUUAAAUCAUUCCAUUGAGUCACUGAACAUCUGUUAACAUGGAUUU